AUUUCAGUAUCCAUGAUGGAUACAGACUACUUUUGUUGCACUCUGGGUCAGGCGGCUGCGCUACGUGGAGAACCAAAGCCAUACCGCACCGUCAACGAGUUCCUAUUACAUCAAUCAAAACACCAUGGAGACAAACCCGCGGUUGGAUUUCCAAUUCCUGGUCACAAGAGUGAUUGGGACUAUCGUGUUCUCACUUUUGGUGACCUGUACAAUGGAGCUUCUGUUUUUGCCGGCAGGCUUUCCAAGAGUUUCGAUAUCCAAAGUCAGCAGACGGUUGCUUUAUUAUCCCAUAGUUCCCCGGAGUUUCUAUUUACUUGGCUUGGGCUGAUGAUGCUUGGACACUCCGUGUUGCUAAUCGCUCCGCAAUGCCCGCCAGAAGCCAUUGCUCACCUUUGUCUGUCAUGCAAAGCUACUUUGCUUGUGCAUGAUAUCGCACAUUCUGAACAGGCUGCCAAGUCUGUAGAGAUUGGCAGACACGGUGGUCAUUCGGGCUUCUUGGACGGUCGCAUACCACUACAGGAAGAAGAAGACAUAUUCCAAGUGAUCGAAAAGUCCUUCGAUGGCAAUUUGAUCGCCCACAAAGUGCAAGAAUUAGAUGUAGCGUAUCUUCAUCAUACUUCGGGUACAUCUUCUGGUCUACCAAAACCCAUUCCCCAAACUCAUCGGGCGGCAAUCGGGGUGCUUCCACAUCUACCCAAUAAUCCGUCCAAGGCAACUUUCACGACUACACCGCUUUAUCACGGGGGUAUCGCUGAUGCUUUUCGGUCUUGGGCAAGCGACUCGCUCAUAUGUCUGUUCCCGGGCAAAGAUGUUCCCAUCACGGCUCGUAAUAUCGUGAAAUGUCUGCAAGUGGCCAAACAGUAUGCUGCCAUAGAGCAAGCGUCAUCUGUAAAAUAUUUCUCUUCCGUCCCAUAUGUCCUCCAAAUGAUGGAAGCGGACGAUGAGGGCCUAGCUCAGUUGCGGAGUAUGGAUAUUGUGGGUGUAGGUGGCGCGGCUUUGCCAGCAGAAGUUGGGAAUCGUUUAGUAGACCGGGGUGUGAACCUUAUCUCGAGAUUCGGAAGUGCCGAAUGCGGGUUCCUGCUUUCUUCGUUUAGAAACUUUGAUGUCGAUAAGGAGUGGCAGUAUUUGCGGAACUAUAGCUCCGCAGAGGUCCUUGAGUUUAAGACCAGAGACGAUGGUUUGGCGGAGCUUGUCGUCAAGCAGGGGUGGCCACAUAUGGCAAAAACCAACCAAGAUGAUGGAUCUCUUGCCACAGCAGAUCUAUUUCUGAGACACAAAGACAUCGAAAACGCCUGGCUAUAUCAUUCCAGGGCUGACUCCCAACUCACACUGUUAACCGGCAAGAAGUUCGAUCCAGCGCCUCUCGAGGCAGAGAUCGCCACUUCACGGCAUGUUGAUGAUGUUUUGAUCUUCGGAAACAACCGGCCUUACCCUGGCGCGGUUCUUCUUCGCUCCGAAGCGUCAAAGGACCUGUCAGACGAAGAAAUUUUGAAGGAGAUAUGGCCGAUGAUCGAAGAAAUGAAUAAAGGCAGUCAAGUCCAUGCCAAAUUAUCCCGGGAUAUGCUCAUUCCAGCUUUGCAUCUAGAAAAACCUCUGGAAAAGAGCAGCAAAGGAACACUCAUGCGAAAAGCAGCCGAGGCAAGACUUUCAGACUUGAUCGAUUCCGCCUAUGAUGUCGAUUCGGACAUUAGGAUAGGCCACAUUGAGGAUGAGGAUGUCCCAAGCUUCCUUUUAGAGCUCAUCCAAUCUAUGAUACCGGAUUCUGCCACACUUGACAUGGAUACUGAUUUGUUCUCGUACGGCGUGGAUUCCAUCGUUAGCAUGUGCCUGAGAAACAGCUUGCGUCAAUUAAGUCCAGCGCAAGACCAAGACCUACCUUUCAGUGUUGUGGAAGACAGCGGGACGGUUCGAAGAUUGAGUGACUAUAUCCUAAGAAAACGUCGUGGAGCACCUGAGGCCAAAGUGGAGGACGUUGGUCAGCUGAUGCUUGAUAUGGCGAAGCAAUACAGUUCUUUUGAGCCCCCUGCACAAAUAGUACCCAGCAUUAAGAGUUCUAGAAGCCACUCUGGCCAAACUGUUGUGCUUACUGGUGCAACUGGUGCUUUGGGAGCGCACAUCUUGAAUCUACUUCGAGAAACAGACGCUGUUUCUACAAUAUACUGUCUCGUUCGCGGAGCAGACCCAACUGCUGCGAAAGAGCGGGUUCACAAAGCGCUCGAGGAAAGAGGGUUUGCCGGCCUAUCACCAGAGACGCCAUCCAACAGCAAAAUCAGGAUUGUGCAAACAAAAUUAGGUGAAUCCAAGCUUGGACUCACUGACGACAUGUACGAGUAUCUGGCCGCAGAAGUCGAUUCAAUACUGCACAUUGGCUGGACCGUCAACUUCCGACUCAAACUCGAAAGCUUCGCGAAAGAUAACAUCGCAGGCGUGCAGAAUCUCAUCAACCUUGCGCUUGCAGCUAAACGGGCGCAACCCCCGCGCUUCGCAUAUUGCUCUUCGACCGCCGCAAUCAUGAACGGUAAAGUUGGAGAGUCGGGAAGGCUGAUGGAAGUCAUAUCGCAGGAUCCUUCCGAUUCUUCUCCGCUCGGCUACUCACAAUCCAAAUGGGUGGCAGAGCAGAUAUGCGCAGAAGCGCAUCGUCGAACGCCGCUUCGAGGAAAGAUAGGUAUAGUUCGGGUUGGUCAACUAUCGGGUGAUUCCAAUACAGGUAUCUGGAACACAAAGGAAGCAUGGCCGAUGAUGCUGAGCACAGCGAGACUCAUCGGCUGUCUUCCGGAUCUAAAAGAUGAACCGGUCGAUUGGCUCCCCGUCAAUAUCGCUGCAGAAGCUUUCAUUCAGGCUGCGGAGAGUCUGAGCACAGAUUCUGGAGAAUUGGCCGUGUAUCAUGUCUUGAACCCACACCAACAACCGGCUUGGCAGGACAUGUUGCAGUGGCUCAAAAGGAAGGAAGACUUCGAUAUCGUUGAUCCUUCUGAGUGGGUUCGCCGUCUUGAGCAAAGCGGCCAUGCGGAUCAUUCGGCAAUGAAGCUAGUUGGACUCUGGAAAAGCUCGUAUGCUAAUCCAUCGCCUGAAGCGAAGCUGCCGCCAUCAUUGUUCUCCAUCACGCAGACUCAAAAGCAGGUUCCGGUUCUGCGUGACAUUCGAUCUCUCAAUGAGACAUAUAUUUACACGAUCUGGGACUGGGUACAAGCGAAUGUUAAGUGA